UUGCUUUAGCAUGAAAACAUUUUUAAUAUAUAUAAUAUUAAAAAUGUUAGUAUAUGUUAGGUAUAUUAUUAAGAAUUAAGUAUUAAUUGUAAAUUGAGUAUCUAUUUACAUAAAGGUUAGCUUAUAGUAAUAUUCUCUGUUAAUAAAAUUGAAACUAAGAAACUAUGGGUGAUCUCAUCGAGUUCUCGACGUGGCCUCGUCAGCAAAAUAUAUUCCAUAAACUAACGAGCGGUGCUAUAGCAUUCUCGGUUAAAGGCGAAACACAUGCUGCAGUAGGGCUUGCUAAAAAUCCGAGCGCAGAUUGUGAAUACUGGGUUAUAAUUGGACAUAACGAGUGCUGGUUGAACAGUGGUAAGCGCACUAAUCACCUUGGAAACAAUAGUAUUUUAUGUAGUCAAGUUUUCACUAAGUUUUGGAUUUCUUGGGAUAACUCUGUGUUACAAUUUGGCAGAACCCAUGAUGGAAUUCCACUUAUACGUACAGAAAUAACUGUGUCAGACAUACAAUAUGUUACAUUUUCUGCGUACAAUGGAGGAGCUGUGCAUUGGAAACUAUAUUUGCCACCAAAAUUAGAAAGAUUAUUGCCAAAGAAGGUUCAAGGUGGGCUAGAGUGGAUCAAGGGAGAUAACAUACUUCCAAAUGGAGCCCUGAUUGGAGGUUAUGAGAAAGAAAUGCUUUAUAUAAUAAGGGCUGAACACGAAGGUUCAUUGACACCAGGCAAAUUCGUACCAUCCCUUGGAUUAGCCAUUAUUUCAUGGGGUGAUGAAGCACAUGUAAAGAGUGAUUUUGAGGUCCUGUGUGGUUACAAUUGUAUUUGGGUACCAACUAGCGGCAAUAUAAUACCAGCAGGCGCAGUGGUGGCCGGCUACUCGGAAAACACUCUCGAACCACUUUAUGUAGGUCGUGUGGUUAAACAUGGCCAUCUCAUACUAGGAAAAGUACUGCCGUCACAUAAAGUUUGCUACUUUCCCUACAAAGAUAAAGAAUUUGCAAAACAAAAAUAUGAAAUCCUGGUUAACCCCGAAAUUUCCAUGGACAGUCCAAAUUGCUAUGAUAAGGCGCAAUUAUCAGGCGAUAGGUUAAUUGCAGAAUCUUACAUUGCAAAUUGGGAACAUGCUCGCAACUCUGAGUAUACCUCAGAAUCAGAAUCAGAGUAGUUGCCUUAAGCUAGCCACUCACCAUCCAAUAAGUCGACCUGUUGUAAUUGCCUGUGGACUGUGCUGGUCGCGAUCAACUCACGAUCAGUUUUAUCGGAUGCCCUGCCCUAAGGCCUAGUUCUGCCUACUUUAAUACUACAGUAGUACGGCCUAUUAGCGAUGCACUUAUUCGAUGGUGAGUGGCUAGCUAGCAUUACCAGUUGUUAUACAAAUAAUUGCAUUACUUAUUGUUUAAAAACGAGAAUAUACCUUUUUUGUAUAUUUUUAUAAUGUUGAGAGUUCUCUCUUUCACGACCCAAAAGUCGAUUUUAAUAAACAUUCCGUCCUGCGGCUCGCAGGAAAAAGAACAUUUAUUCCCCUUCAGUUAUUUUUCCUUCUUCCUCUAUUCCUUCCCCUUCCUCUCCUUCUUUGCUGAGUUUGCGUUGUGUUUUGUGUUUGUCUAUUUGUUGUGGUUAAUGUUUGAUUCGUUAAAUUUAAUGUAAUAGUGCUGUUUUGUGAUUCAUGUGUGUUUUGGUCUGUAACUUGUGUGUUGUGUACAAAUACUGUGUCUCCUAUAUUAUAAUUUAUUAUAUAAGUUGUAUAUAUUAUUAUAAAAUAUAAAGUUCAUUUUAA